AUGAAGCGUCUUGGGGCUCACGACGUGUCGCAGCUCAUAAGGAAGAGAAUAAAAACUCUUGGCUCCGGGACUUACGGUAGAGUAGCUCUGGUUAACUGGCACGGAGAGCAGGCUGCACUUAAGGUGGCCAAUCGUGAAUCGGCCGCUGAGAGUUUCGAGUGCGAAGCGCAAGUCUUGUCAGGGCUGAAGGGGGCUGGAGGCGCGCCCCUCCUACUGGCGGUGUGUGACGACCGCCCAGCUCUCCUGACGACUUAUAAAGGGGACACGAGCCUCAACAAGAUCAUAUGCGACCCGCAAUACGACGUAGUGCAGAUUGGGUUUAAAAUUGGACUAAAAAUACUGCAUAUCCACACAAGAGACUAUGUCCAUAAUGAUGUAAAAUCCAACAAUAUAAUGAUUGAAGGCUCACCCGACCACCCAAAAAUUAGCGUGAUCGACUUCGGCCUCUCCUGUAAGACUGGUGAAGUGGUCCUUGCGAAAGGUGACCCCGAAGACUUCCCGUUCUAA